GUAUCCAGAUGCUCCUUAUUCCAAUCCCUGCUCCUUUCUCAAGUUACACAAGAUGAGGGAGGAAGAGAAUGAGGCUGCUCCCUGGGUUAUAAAAAAGGGGAGCGGAUCCAAUUUCACAUGCUGACACAAUGACUGUGAGACGGGCAGCGGAGGUGACUAGGAAUCAGUACCGCGCUGUGCACCAGCCUAGCCGCAGGGUGACGCCUGCAGGUAAAGAAAACUCUGGGACUUGGAGAAAACUUGAACCCCCUCAGCUUCUUUUAAAUAUAAAGAAUCAAGCCCUCAAGAAUUUUCUCCCAAUAAAAUAUAUUCCAGAGCUUUUCCCAGAAAAAAAUCCCCUGAGAAGCCUGGAAAACCAGCCAGGAGAUUACCAUACAAAAGGACUUUCCCAGAACAUGCUCAGUAACAAAAUGAUCCUCAAUGACCCAGUGAUGGAGCUGAAUGUGAAGGACCCAGGACUUAUCCUCAAGAAACAGCUGGAGAACACCAAGGCUUCUCCAUCACCCCAAAAGAUCGCACUGAAGAAGACAUCAAGCAUUAAAGAUAAGAUUUCCGUGUGGGAAGGCAAGAAAGAGACACAGUCCCCAAUACUCAACAGGAAGGAGUCCGUACAGGUUAAGAGGCAGGAUUCCACCGGCACCUCGUUUGGAGACACCAACGUGGACGAUGGGAAAAUUCACCAGAAAGGUAGCAUUAAACGGAUGUUCAGCUGGGAAAUGGACAACAAGGACAUUGACCGGAAAGACGUCAUAACAGUCGAGAAAAGAGCAGAUAAAGAGAUUAACCCGGGUGUAGAAAGGCUUCAGGAGCAAGUUUUAAGUCCAAAGAAGGACCAGGCAACAGUGUUGAGCCAGGUAAAAAGGUUUGAACGCUCAUUAAAGGACGGUCCAGCAGAGGGUCUGCCGCAGUUACCAGGGACCUAUUACUCACCGCAGUGUUUGUUGGACUCAGAGAACCAGGAGAACAGAGUGGGCUCAAAGUUGAAAUGGGGGUCAGAUCCUGAAAACGCAGAACCAAUAUUUGGGAGGGUGGGGGAGGGUAGAAGAUCUAGAAGGACAAGCAAUGCAGGGAAUGUAUAUACGGAACCGGGGGCACCAGAGAAGAAAUUGCCUAUAAACCCCUUACCCAAACCUAGGAGGACUUUCCGUCACGAAGGGGAGGUGGGUCCAGAGAAAACAGGUAUACGGAGGAUGAACAGAGACUUGCCUCCACUGCCUUGUAUACCCCCACCUCCUCUCCCCACAUCUCCACCACCCUCAGCGGUCAGCAGAAGACUUUGGAAUAGCAAACACAGAAACAAUGGAGACCACAGGAAGUCAUAUGAGUUUGAAGAUUUACUACAGUCGUCAGAAAACGGCCGAGUAGACUGGUACGCACAGACCAAGCUUGCCCUUACACGCACUUUAUCCGACGAAAACGUCUAUGAAGACAUCUUAGAUCCCCCAUCGAAGGAAAAUCCUUACGAGGACAUAGAGACGGACAGUCGGUGUCUAGGGAAGAAGUGCGUGCCUGCGUUCCCCGGGACCUUGCCCUCCGUCCCCGGGACACAGAACAAGGUGCAGCAGAAGCCCCCCUUCUUCAGGCAGAACUCGGAGCGACGUAGUUUCAAGCUGUUGGACCUAAGGAAAUUGGGGAGAGAUGGAGUGGCCUCCCCCAGUAAGCUCAGCCCCCCGUCCUCUCCCAGCAGCCCAGAUGAGAAUUUUUUCAACACGGGAGAUCAACAGAACGGGCGCCGGAGGAGGAAAAUCCCAAAGCUAGUGAUGCGAAUUAAUUCCAUUUAUGAGGCACGACGGGGUAAGAAGAGAGUCAAGAGGUUAUACCAGGCUACAGAGAAUAACUCCGGCAGAGUUACAGACGACAACAGUGAAUCUGACAGCGACACAGAAGAGAAACUGAAAGCCCAUAGCCAGAGACUGGUGCAUGUCAAGUCCCGCGUCAGCCUCUCUCCGCGCUAUCAGACCCUCGAGCGAGACCUGAUUGAAUAUCAGGAGCGGCAGCUCUUUGAGUACUUUGUGGUGGUAUCUCUACAGAAGAAGACAACCGGGACAGUCUACGUUCCCGAGAUCACCCAGCAAUUCCCCUUGAAGCUGGAGCGAUCGUUCAAGUUCAUGCGAGAAGCCGGUGACCAGUUCAAAGCCAUCCCCCAGUUCUGUUUCCCGGAUGCCAAGGACUGGUCCCCAGUUAGCCAGUUUGACAGUGAGACGUUUUCCUUUGUGCUGACCGGGGAGGAUGGUAGUCGCCGUUUUGGGUACUGCAGACGCCUCCUGCCCAGCGGGAAAGGAAACCGCCUCCCGGAAGUGUAUUGUAUCGUGAGCCGGUUAGGCUGCUUCAACCUCUUCUCCAAGAUCCUGGAUGAAGUGGAGAAAAGAAGAGGUAUAUCUCCAGCUUUGGUGCAGCCAUUUAUGAGAGCCAUCAUAGAGGCCCCGUUCCCAGCUUUAGGAAGGAAGAUCACGGUGAAGAACUUCCUACCUGGGUCAGGAACUGAGGUGAUCGAGUUUUGCCGACCUCUGGACUCCAGGCUUGAGCAUGUGGAUUUUGAAGCCCUCUUCUCCACGCUUAGUGUACGGCACCUCAUACAAGUCUUCGCCUCCCUCCUCCUAGAAAGAAGAGUCAUCUUCAUGGCAGACACACUUAGCACCUUGUCCAAAUGUUGCCAUGCAAUGGUCGCCUUAAUAUACCCCUUUGCCUGGCAGCACACCUACAUUCCUGUUCUUCCACCAGCGAUGAUCGACAUAGUCUGCUCCCCCACCCCGUUUCUCAUUGGCCUUCUUUCCAGCUCUCUGCCUCGACUCAAAGACAUGCCGGUGGAAGAGGUUCUGCUGGUGGACCUCGUUAACAAUCGCUUCCUGCGGCAGAUGGACGACGAAGACUCCAUAUUACCCCGGAAGCUGCAAGCGGCUCUGGAACAGAUCUUGGAUCAGAGGACCGAGCUGGCCAGUGAACUAGACCAGGGUUCUGCGAAUGGGCAGCAAGACUCCAACGCUCUCAAUGAUGUGGUGUCAGAGGCCUUCGUCCGCUUCUUUGUGGAAAUUGUUGGUCACUAUUCCUUGUUCAUGGUACCCGGGGAGCAAGAUGAAAGAUCCCUCCUCCUUCCUUCCUUCCGUAAAUCCGUUUCCUCCAAGAGUGUUCGCCGAUUCCUGGAGGUGUUCAUGGAGACGCAAAUGUUUGGGGGCUUUACCCAGGAGCGGGAGAUGCGGAAACAGGGCAGCAAAGGUCUUUUUGAGGUUCGGGCACAGGAAUAUCUGGAGACCCUCCCAGGUGGAGAGCAGAGCGGGGUCAACAAGUUCUUCAAUAGAAUAGGCAGUAAAAUGCGAUUUUUACACAAGAAAUAAGAAAGCAGAAGAUAAAGUCGUCAACAGCGACGCGCCUUUAACUUAUUAACAAGCUGUCUCUGUUUUCUGACAAUGGCGUCGGUGCAGGAACGCCUUCCUUUCGCUGUGUGCUCUUUAGAAAGGUCUUCACAAAAAUGGAGGGACUCGGGAAGUUUGAGCCGACGCCAAAUUCUUCCCCCUCGUGGAGAAGCCACUCUCACCGGACACCUUCAACAGAACGGUUUGGGGGUCUCUGCUGGAUCAUGCACUGGACAGACCCUUGGAUAAGCUCACUAUUACAACCACAUCAACAGCCGCUGAUUUGUUUUUCUUUUUUUGUUGUUUUGCAAAAGAUAUUUUUAAUUUAUACUAGGAUAAAGAGACAAUCUGUGCGAGAAGACUGAAUGAUUUUUAUCACCUCUAAACAUUGGGGAUAUUUAACUGUUUGUCCAAGAAAUCCGUGUGUUGGGAGGAGCGCCCAAGCGGAAAGCGGUUGUCGGAUAGAACUUGAUGGGGCUGCAAAAAAUGCUUAUUAAUAUAAUACAGUUCAAGACCCUUGUGUGAAAAGGGAAUUGUCAUAAGGACUUGUAGUAAUUCCGAGUAAGCUGUCCCAUCCUGUUUAUGUGUACGGGUGCAUAUUUAGGACUGUUGCUGACGGUUGUGAUCACUAAUUAUGCACCCUUCCCCCUCCCCCCGCUCCCCCUAUCUAUGCUCUGCCAGUGCUUUAUCCUGUUCCGUGAUGUUCAUUGUCUGUGGUACUAACGCUCGGCCCAUAACCUGAGCCGGACUUACAAAGAACCUUCGUCUUUUUGAAUUUGUUUGCAUUUGAAGGGUAGUCUGUAUGUUGGUUUUUUUUUUUUUUCUUCCAUUAGACAUUAGACCUGUAGCACAAUUGUGGUGACGACAGACAGGGAUAUUUGUCAUGUGAUCUGAAGAAUUGCAUUAUAGCGCCAUGAAACGUUUGUGGUCGAGAACGGGGACUGAAGUGCACCUUGGGUUUACCAUUCAGUAGACUGGGCCAGAAGUAGAGACGGCCCUGUUAGCUCGAUCAGGCUGAACGGAUCUUGUGGGUGAACCAAGUAGCGCCUUUGCACAACAGUAAAUCUGAACUAAGAAAAGCAAAGGUGUGAGCACGAGAAAAUGGAUUGUCGACACAAUAGUUUGCGUCGUAGGUUUACUGUAACCUAAAAAUGUGAGUGCAGCUUCCUGUUACCCGGAGUCUCGGUCUGAUGUUCUAGUGUGAAUGGUCAGGGCCGCCUUGACAAUAUUGCAGGCCCUGGCCCUAGAAAAGGGGACAUGGCCCUGCAUGGGGGAACGGCCAUUGCUGAUCAGAAAACUAUCCCUUGGGAAGAAUGUUUGUUCCACCGAGGGGGCAUUGCUCCGCCUCCAUAACUGGCUCAGGCCCAAAAACAAACCCGGGUAAUCAGUAACUACCCCCCCCCCCCCCCCCACACACACACACUUCCAGUGAAUGGUAGCCAGUUUUGGAGGGCUAAAGCAUGAAAUACAGCCCCCAUCAGGAGUAACAGUUAUCAUACCCCUCUCUGCUGUAAAGUACAAUACUCACGUGAGUACUUAACUUUAGAAAUCCGCCAUAAGAGUGCAUCUUCCACAUCACUGGGCUGGGGGUGUCUUAUAGCGACACUCCCAGCCCAAUGCAUGCCUUAAGACAGGCCUGGCCAAUCUGUGGCUCUCCAGAUGUUGUCAAACUACACAUCCCAGCAUGCCCUGCCACAGUUUUAGCAUUCCCUAACAGCAAAACUAUGGCAAGGCGUGAUGGGACCUGUAGUUUUACAACAGCUGGAGAGCCACAGGUUGGCCAGGCCUGCCUUAAGACGUUCAUUCAGCUCUGUGUCUGUACUCUGCUGCCUGCAGGGACUGUGCCUUAGGAAGAUACCAAAGACGGGAAAAGAUUGUUCUUCAAAUAUGUUUAAAAAAAAUAAAAAAAAAGUUUUCAGCCAGAUGCAGUGAAGUGGCUGAAAAUGGCAGCGCCAGAAACUCCUAGUGAUGAAUUUACUGUAGGGAAGAAGGUGGAUGAUGCAGAGCGAUUCAGUGGGCUGGCGGAAUACUGAAACCACUAAUAUAGAAGCCUGUGAUUCAGUUAGACAAAGCUAGACAGCGCCCUCUGUGGGAAAUACUGUGCACAAAUGUUUAAGUAUAAUUGUGUUUGUACUAAAUAUAUGUAUGUGUGUCUGUGAGAUAUAUAUAAUAUCUCAAUAAAAUUGAGCCUGUGGUUUAUAUUAAAA